UAAGAAGUGCCACGUCUCGAGUUGUUCCAUAAGCAUUUGCUACCCAUUUUUUCAUUUAUGAUUUUACUUUUAAGUAACCAACAAAUAAAUAAAUGCGGCGAAUGACGCUUUCAGUGUGAGAUCGGCACCUAGAAAUCGACGGCCGCGACAUGAAGCAAAAAACAUGGCCGGAUCGAUCCGACGGCGUCCGCUUCACUGCUUUUCCCUUGUCGAAACCCAACGACAAUGAAGAAAAUAUCAUAUUAUCGAGGCGUUCCAAGAUCGGUUCAAAACCUUCAUUAUCGCCGACCGACGGCCCUGAUUUCUCGGCUCUCCCUUUCGACAUCUUGACGAAAAUCGCGGCGUCGUUUAAUUUUCCGAACCUUCUAGCGGCUUCGCUGGUUUGCCGGUCAUGGAGGGACGCGCUCCGGCCGUUGAGGGAAGCGAUGAUGCUGCUGCGUUACGGGAAGCGAUUCAAGCACGGCCGUGGCGGUGUUCGGCGUAAUUUGGAUAAAGCUCUCGACUCUUUCUUGAAAGGCGCUGCGCGUGGAUCUACGCUUGCUAUGGUCGAUGCGGGGCUUGUCUACUGGGAAAGGGGUCUAAAAGAAGAAGCAAUUGCUCUUUACCAGAAAGCCGCCGCCCUUGGCGACCCUGCCGGCCAGUGUAAUCUCGGAAUUUCAUACUUGCACGCUCAACCUCAAAAUCAUAAGGAAGCUGUAAAAUGGUUGCAUCAAGCUUCAAUUGGGGGCUAUACACGAGCUCAGUACCAGUUGGCGCUUUGCUUGCAUCAAGGUCUUGGAGUUCAUCGAAAUCUUUACGAAGCAGCAAAAUGGUAUCUAAAAGCUGCUGAAGGUGGAUAUGUUCGUGCAAUGUACAAUGCUUCACUUUGUUAUUCAUCUGGGGUAGGUUUGUCGCAAAGUCGUCGACAAGCAAGGAAAUGGAUGAGGAGGGCAGCUGAUCGUGGUCAUAGCAAAGCUCAAUUUGAACAUGGACUUGCUUUAUUUUCUGAAGGGGAAAUGAUGAAAGCUGUAGUGUACCUUGAACUUGCCACACGUUCUGGUGAAACAGCUGCAACUCAUGUAAAAAAUGUCAUCCUUCAGCAACUCUCAGCAACUUCUCGUGAACGGGCGCUCCUUCUUGCCGACAAUUGGCGUGCUUUGCCUUCAUCUCGCUAAGUAUAUCAAGAAUACUUACUUUGUCGUAUACUCCUGUAAUUGCCUCAUUCCCUUUUGAUUGUCUUUAUGCUUGAUGACAGCUCUAAGUAUAUAGAUGCCCUAACUGUUUUCCUUUUGCUUCCAGCGUCUUUAAUCCUGUCUCAACAUCCUAUAUGAUUUAUCUUAUUUCUUUUUGCCGCGAGGAAGUGAAGUUCCUCUAAACCUACUACUUUUAGGAAGGUGCAGCUACGUUAGGUCACAGCCUAUGUUACUCAAAACUCAGGUGUGAUUGUUAGAUAUCAAAUACAGAUGUGAUCAGCUUUUUCUAAGGUUUUUAUCUUAGGUAUGGUUAUAUCCGCACACUUGUGAUAGACAUAAUUGUAGAACACGGGUUCUUAAGAAAAAAAAGUCAAGUCGGUACAAUAUAGGUCACAACCAUUAAGUUAUUGCCUCAACCGUAUCUUAUAGUUCAUCAGGUUAUCUGUUUCAACUGUUUGUAUUUCUUUAUGUUUUGCUGUUCUGUUUUUCCUUAAUGGGGGUAGAGACUGAAGAUAAAAGAAAUUGGCUUCUGAGGUUUCAAGUGCUUGGUUGUAUAUUUGAAUGAGCAAUGGGAAAACGUGUUACGAGUUUUAACA